AUGUUGUUUCUUGAAGCCGCCAUUUGUCUCCUCUCUGUUACCGGCCUAGCUUUGGCUGUCACAUCCCCACGUUCUUCCGAGGAUGUAUCUAUUGAAGAUGUCAAGACCGGUCGUGUAUAUCAUAAUGUCGAAGAAUGGAUGGCCGAUAUGGACGAAUGGAUCGAUAUGAGGAAAAAGGAUGCAGAGGCAGAGAAGGAUAAAAUUGAUCCAUUUUCGGUAGGCCAACCUGGCGCAGAGCUCAUUGAUCGAUUUUUAGAUCUUCUCACUAAAGGAAGCUACAGGUAG